UUGCCGUUUAAUGCUCAACGGCAGUCUCGAAGAAAAUUAUUCUCCAUGUAUAAAGUUUUAUAUCGAUUCGAUAGUAAAACACAGCAAAUAAUUGAAUAUAGUUGUGAUGGCAUCACGUAACAGUAAAAAUUCUGGUAUGCGUCUAUUAUGGAUACCAGGUGGCGGUCGCAAAGGUCAUACCAAGGGACGUUUCGAUUCAACAAAUAAACGAAUUUCCUAUUCGACCCGACAGAAAAAGAGUGAAGUUUGGUCGCUGGGUGGCAGUAAGGCCCAAAAUGAGUUGUUAAAUGCAGAACCCGAUGUUUCAUUACUGGAUGGUCCUUCGACUUCUGGUAUUGCCAGCAUAGCUUGUGCCACAGCGGUUGGAAGUUCCGCAGCCGUUAUAGCCAAAAACUCCACUUCAACAUUUCCGUCCAAUGAGGGAGCCACAGCAGCCGCUGAAUGUUUAACGGAUGCCUCAACAAGUGAUUCAUCACAACAACAACAACAAGACAACAAUAAUCAAACAUCUCCCACAACCCCGAAUAGUACCGCAUCAACAGCUCAGCUAAUAUCACCGCCAUUAUCGCCUUUAAUCCAUACGGAUCAAUUCGAACAAAUUGACUCAGAUACCGAAUCAUCCAAUAUGCCGGCAAAAUCUCAUCAACCAAUACCGGUCAUAGUUACCACCACAACAACGGCUCAAAUAAUGGAUGAAAAUCGCUAUUCCAUAUUGGGCAAAGACAUAACCACAAAUGAAUUUGAUAUUUAUACAUUGCCAUCACCGCCCAACAAAGAUGCCACCCACAAUUCCAUAGAGAAUUUGAAUAGUUCGUCUGGUACGACAGCAUCACAAAAAUCGCCAUCAGGAUCUCCAAUACAUAAAAAAGAGUCUAUUAUAACAACAACAGCAAUAACAAAUGAAUCUCAUAAUGCGAAUAAUCAUGCACCACAACAGCAGGAGCAAAAUGGUUCUGUAAAUAGUUCACCAAUUAAAAAGAAACAUCAUCAUCGAAAUCAUAAUAAUAAUCAGGGUGAUGUUAAUUCCAUUGAAAGUAUAACAGAAGAUACAACAAGCGAUAAAAUUCCAAGCGCUGAUUUAGAUUGGAUCGAUUCAGCGAUACAAGAUCGUAACGAUCGUGUAUUCCUAACCAAAACGAAAAAGAAAAAGAAGAAUAAACUUGCAGCGAAGGGCAAGGGUUUGGAUCAAUUGGAUGGUGUGCCCGCGGCCACCAAGGAGGAUACAAAAAGCGAGGCAGCCGAAGAUGAUGAGAAGGUGGUCAAGUGUUUGUAUUACACCUUGAUGUGUUGUGAUUGUACGCUACAAUAG